AUGAGCGGCGGCGCGAAGCAAACGUCCUUGUUAGGCUUUUUCAGCAAGGCGCCCAAGCCUGCUGCCGCGCCACCACAGCCAGAGACAUCUCCCUCGACGCCCCCGCCCACGUCCCAGGAUGCGCCCUCUUCCCAGCACGCGUCGCCCUCCGCCACCAAGCACGCGUCGUCCCCCCCGACGCCACCGCGUCCGGCGAAACAGGCGCGCACCUCCCCCUCGCUGACACCCCCGCCAUCGUCGUCCCCCGCUCCAGGUCGCCGCCGCGCGGCGCGUCGCGUCAACUACGCCGAGCCACGCGCCGGGUCGGACGACGACGACGACGACGACGGCGACGACGAGCCUUCCGAAGACGACUUUGUCAUGUCCGACGCGUCGUCUGACAGCUCCGAUGAGGUCAGCGCAGCAGAGAGCGAGGAACCCUCGACCGCCGACGACGCCUCCGACGAGGACGACGUCGUCGCCUCACCACCCCCACCUCGGACCAAGGCACCCAAGCCAGCAGACGCACCAGCGGCGCCAGCGGCGCCCACGCCGUCGUCCGUCUCUUUCUCGCACCUCACCAAGGCCGAGAAGCGCGUCCAGGAAGAAAAACGCAAGCGCAUCGAGAAUGAACAGGCAUACGACUUUCUCCUGGAUGUGCGAGAUAAGGACAUGAACCGCCCCGGCGAUCUCCAUUACGAUAAACGCACGCUGUACAUUCCCCCUAGUGCAUGGAAAUCGUUCACGCCUUUUGAAAGACAAUUUUGGGAAAUGAAGCAGAACCAUUGGGAUACCGUGCUUUUUUUUCAAAAGGGCAAGUUUUACGAACUGUACGAAGAGGAUGCCAUCAUCGGCCAUCGAGAAUGCGACUUGAAGCUCACAGAUCGCGUAAAGAUGAAAAUGGUCGGUGUGCCAGAGGCCUCCUUCGAUAUGUUCGCCACCAAGCUCUUGGCUCUGGGGUACAAGGUCGGACGCGUAGACCAAUGUGAGACGGCCGUCGCCAAGGGCAUGCGCGACAAGUCGCGUGGAAGCGGACCGGAUAUUGUGCGUCGCGAGCUGCGCCAUGUCGUGACGAGCGGCACGAUUGUCGACGGAAGCGUACUGGCUGACGAAUUGAGCAGCUACUGCAUGAGUAUCAAGGAGCACGUCCGCUCUGAUGGCCUAUCCGAGUUUGGCAUCUGCACCCUCGACGCCGCCACCGCCGAGUUCCGAUACAUGACAUUCGUCGACGAUGCCGUGCUGUCACAACUCGAGACAUUGCUGCGUUCUCUACGCAUCAAGGAAGUCUUGCAUGAAAAAGGGGUCAUGUUGCCUUCCACGCUGCGCUUGAUCCGCAACACGGUGCCCACCACCUGCCAAAUUACCAUGCUCAAGCCUGAUACCGAAUUUCUCGACGACAUCUCGACGCGCGGUCGACUGGCCCACUUGUUUGAUACAAUCCCAGAAGGUCUUGCCCCUCUCGUGGAAAAGGGCGGCUGGGCCUUGUCAGCGCUCGGUGGCCUCUUAUGGUACCUCGAGCAGCUGCAUCUCGAUGUCGACUUGUGCGCUAGCGGCAACUUUGCCGAGCGCAGCGCUCCAGCUGAUACGCAGCAAGGCACGCUGAUUCUGGAUGCCAAGUCCUUGCUGCACCUGCACGUUCUGCAAAAUGAUGAGGGCACGGAUGAGGGCACACUGCACCGUCUUUUGAAUCGGUGCAUCACGCCUUUUGGACGGCGUCUUUUUAAAACCUGGCUUGCGUCACCCCUAUGCAACGCAGAUGCCAUCAAUGCGCGUCUAGAUGCGGUGGACGACUUGUGCGCAAAUCCUGCAUGGACUGAUGCAUUUGAGACUUUUGCCAAAGCCCUACCCGAUCUGGAACGCCUUCAGUCGCGUGUAGCGGCAGGCAAGUGCCGUCCUCGCGACUUUUUGCUCGUCCUACGUGCCUUUGCUCGCUUCGGCAAUGCGAAGGACGAACUCUUGUCCCUCUCGUCCACAUUUGCUUCCGGUAUGCUCAAAGCAUGCUUGCAGGCAUGGCCUGAUGUGGCUGCAUUGGCUCAGACGUUGCGCAGUCACUUUAACUCCAACGACGACGGCUCUUUUACGCCGGUGCACGGCGAAUCAAAGGCGUAUGAUGCUGCCGUCGAAGGCGUGCAUGCUGCCGAGGCGCGUCUUGAUGAAGAGAAGGACCGAUGUAUAUCGGAACUUGGACUCUCCAAACGCGACGCCGGAUGGAAGCAUGUGGGCACGAACGAGAUUUACCAGCUAGAGGUGCCUGCUCGCACCAAAGUCCCUGCACCAUGGAUUCUCAUGAGCCAGACCAAGGCAUGCAAACGAUACUACACGCCACGAACGCGUGAAUUAAUCCGGCAACUGAAAGAAGCGCGCGAGACCCGUUUGGCUGCGCUCAAACAGUUCCAGGAGGAGGUGUACCUCCUCUUCCGUCAGGAUCUUUCUUCGUAUGCACGCGCUGUACGUACCGUUGCACAGCUCGACUGCCUUUUGAGCCUGGCCAAGAGCUCCAUGGCCCUCGGUAUGCCAUCAUGUCGUCCAGAGCUGGUUCAACACGAUGCGGCGCUGUUUUCAUUUACGCAACUGCGACAUCCAUGUAUGGCACCCAGCGUACUCACAGGCGCAACUGAGUUCAUUCCGAACGACAUUGCGUUGGGCGGUCAGGCCGAGGACGUGAUGGUUCUUACAGGCGGAAACAUGGCCGGAAAGAGUACGACGGCACGCACGGCAGCAACGGCCGUGAUUCUGGCGCAGCUUGGAUGUUAUGUUCCGGCUGAACACGCACGCAUUGCGCCGGUUGACAGAAUUGCAUCGCGCAUGGGCGCGAACGAUCAACUCUUCCGCGGACAAUCGACGUUCAUGGUCGAAAUGUUAGAGGCGUCAAAGAUUUUGCGAGAGGCCACACCUCGAUCACUCGUGAUCAUGGAUGAGCUUGGCCGCGGCACGUCAACAUUCGAUGGCCAGGCGAUCGCAUACGCGGUAUUAUACCACCUGGUCGCCCGGACUCAGUGCCUCUGCUUCUUCAUGACACACUAUACAACGAUGGCUCAGAGUCUCGAUACAUACCCGCGCCUCGCAAACCGGCACAUGGAAGUGCGGGUCGACGACGAGUACAAAAACGUCGUGUUUACGUACCGACUUGUGCCUGGCAUUGCCGAAUCAUCGUACGGCACACAGGUCGCACAGAUUGCCGGUGUACCGUUGUCCAUCUGCACGAAAGCCUCAGAGGUGUCGCGCCAGUUCUGGCACGAUGCCCAAAAACAGCAUGCUCAGCGCGCUCACUGCGCUAUACCACUCGAUGCAUUGGCCGACUUUGCGCACCUCGUUACCUUGGGCCGCAGCAAGCCACAGGUACCUCCACCUUCGUGGGCGUUGGUGACACAGGCCAUCAUGUCUCGGGUGCCCUGA